GGGAGCGCUAUAAAAAAAAGUAGAACGCAGGUUGUCUUGACAGUUGCUGCCAACCGCCAUCAAACAAAUAAAAGAAGAAGAAUGUUGUCUUGACGGUAGUAGUAGUGAUAGUAUCAGUAACAGCUGAUAUCCGACAUUGCAACGGGAAAUACAACCUGACUAUCUUAACCACAAGGAGUGAUUCGUCGACGCAUACUACCUGUAAAUGACCUAACCUGUCUGCGGUGAAACGUCAAUUGACUUCUGCUGGCACCAAGUCAAUGAUUCACAACAAUGAGAGGUAGACCAAGCAAAAACGGAAAAUGGGAUCCUAAAAAUAAGUCAAGACAGAAAGGCAAAUCUGGUAGUAGAGGUCUAGUGUCUGAAAGUGACAAAAAGACUGAAGACAUUUCCACGGUGGGUUCUCAGCCAUGCACCCCCAAGAGACGAAGGGGACGACCAAGAAAAACACAAGAGGUCUUCCGCACGUCUACACCUUUACGCGCUAAUUUAUCCACGGAUCCACCGCCCAACAUUUGCUCUGGAGCAGAGGAUGGGAUGGACCAGAUUUUAGCGGUACAAUCACCUUGCUGCAUGUCAAGGCCUUGCAGCAGGAAGAGAACUGUUGAGACUGCUUAUCCAAGACAACUUAGAAAAAGACUAACCACAGACACGCAAACCAAUUGUCCUCGAGCAAAACGGAAGUGUUCCAGAAAAGACAAAAAAGAUACAAUUAAUUUACAAAUGGAUGACAUUGCUACUCAGUCGCCAAAACCCUCAAGACCAAGAUUUGAGCUAAACCAAGAUGAGUCUUGGCUGUCGUCAGAUCUGUCCAUGGAGCUGAGCGACCACAAAGAGCAACUACCGCAUCUUUCCUUCCAGGAGGAUGAGACCGGCGAUGAAGAGGAGCUGCCGAGCUUCUUGAUGCAGAUGCAAAAAAAGCCGGCGUCUAUCACAGAGGGAGUAUUCGUAUGGUGCAAAUAUAGACAUUUUCCUACAUGGCCUGCUGUGGUGAAACGAGUGAACCGCAAGACGAAAAAAGCCAGCAUACUCUACGUAGAUGAGGUGGCCAUUCAAAAAAAUAAAGGGUUAGUUGUAAGCCUGAAAUCUCUGAAGUCUUUUGACUGUGAAGGAGCUGUUGAGAAUGAGUCUAAAGACAAAGACAAGUUUGAGUGGUCCUUGGAGCUAAUAACUGACUACAAAAUACGCAUCGGUUGUGGUUCGUUUUCUGGCUCUUUCCUGGAGUACUUUGCACAUGACAUGAGCUACCCGGUGAGGAGGAAGUACCCGCAAUCCCAAUCCAUCGACAGCGAUCCGACAACAGACAACCUAUGGGGGUAUGAGAUCGAAGAUGGCGUGAUUAGUGAUAAGGAAGAGGAAUAUGAAGAGGAGGUUAGCAAGUGUGCCAAGAGGCUGUUGCCCGACCGCUCCCAUGCAGCACAUAACCGCACCAAUGAGAAGCUUGUGCACUUCAUCGUCAAGCAGCGCAUGGUGGAAGAACGCCUGCUGGCUGUGAUCCGAGGGCAGGCACAGUCCAGGUGGCUCCGCUAUUUUCAGACCUCUACUCGGCGACGUGUGGUGAACAUUUAUCUGGAAGAUGACAAGCAGUUAGACCAGGUCUACUGUUACCUGAACAAGCUUUACGGGGAGGCUGUGGCCAUGGUACCUUACCAGAACGAGGUCAAAUUCAUGGAGCGUGUCCCCUUUGUCCUAGAUGUGCUUCUACCUGAAGCCAUCAUAUAUGCAAUCGCUGGCGUGGAAAGUGUCUCCAUAAAAAAGGCAGAAGAAAAGUAUCUAAAAGGACGCUGUAUAAGUGACAGGGAAAGGCAAGAGUUCGACUUGAUGAUUGAGCGUCUUAUUUCCCACAGUGCUUUCACCAUCCCAUAAGAUUCCGAAGUGGACAUUAGUUGACGGAUGAUAGUUUAUUACAAAAUAAAUUAUCAAGGACUUGAUGCUUUUAUUGAUGUGAAGUCAACAGAGCUCCACUACAGUACAUUAUAAGUUGUUUAAACCUUGUAAAUACGUUUUUGUAUCACUUCUGCUAUCCCUCAAUUAAACUCAUCCAUUGGA